AUGGAGGUGCACGUAAAAGACAGCUAUACAAUUGAGAUUUUAAAGGCUAACCACACGAUUCUGAAUGUGGUAAGAUGGAGUAUAAGUGAGUUUGAAGCUGAGUCUGAGAUAGAGCUCAUUGGAUACACCAUACCGCACCCAAUGGAGGAAAGAGCCAUACUAAAGAUCCAACUUAAAAACGAGAAAGAGCAGACAGAAGCAGCAAUUCUUAGCAUACUACAGAGAGGCAUAUCAUUUGCAGAGAAGCUAUUUAAGACACUAGAAGAAAAAAUAGACGCAGCAGUUUAG